AGACUAACAGCUGGACAGUAACAGUCACACAGCAGCUCGUCCAUCACUCAUCUUUCUUCGUCUGAUCAAACCUUGUGACUUCAACAAGGAAGUUCAACCCUGGCAGCAGCUGUGUUCAUGUUCAGGUAUGCUCCACAGAGAGGCCAGACGUGAGGAGAAACCCACAUCUUGAAGAAGACCUCAGCGAUGAGCUCCGAUGGGAUGUGCAAAAGAGAGACUCUACAGGACGUCAGGAUCGAGCCUCGCAGGAACUCCAUCCCCCCGACGCAGACUCUCGCUGCUAAACAUCUGCUGGCUUACCUGCCGCGGCCACAACCAGAAUCUAUACGUUACUCUCCUUACACCUACAAGGGUGCGGCUAAAUCCACUGUUGCUUCCAUGAUGAUUGCAAAAAGAGCCUCUCUCAUCCACAACAACUUUAACUACACCAUCUGCUCAUCACUCCCGUCGUCCCAGGAGGCCUCUCCCUCCCAAACCCACAGUCCCUGCACUCCGUCCUCCCAGGCUCUGACUUUAUCCAGGCAGGAUCCCCUUCAGCAGCAAACCACCCAAGCAGCUCCUCAGCCUCCAGCAGAGGAGACCCCGGUGUCUCAACCUUCGCAUCGCAGCAGACCCCUCAAGCGCUUCAGCUCCAGGUGGCAAUCGAGAGGCUCCACCAGAAGCAACAAUGUCCAGGUGUCUGCGCUCGAGAAACAGCACAUUGCAAAGAGUCACAAGAAGCGUUGCAAGCUGCUGGGUGAUGAGCCCUCAUCGCAUGUCACUGCCAGCAAUCUGCGCCAGCGCUAUGUCACCAAGGAUGGAAAGUGCAGGGUCAACCUGGGGCCUAUCGCAGACAAGAGUCGCUUCCUCUCAGAUAUCUUCACCACGCUGGUGGACCUCAAGUGUCGCUGGUUCCUUCUCGUCUUCACUAUGUGCUACAUCCUCACAUGGCUGACAUUUGGUGGAAUCUAUUUUCUAGGUGCCUGGUUGCGUGAUGACAUUGCUCAUGUCCAUGACCCUCAAUGGAAGCCGUGCUACCAGAAUGUAGACAGUUUCCUAUCAGCCCUGUUGCUGUCAUUAGAAAGCCAGAGAACCAUUGGGUAUGGCUCCCGGAUGGUGACAGCUCACUGCUCCGAGGGUACGGUGCUGCUGAUGGUCCAGUCCAUCCUUGGCUCCAUCAUCGACGCUCUGAUGGUGGGCUGCAUGUUUGUUAAAAUCUCCCGGCCCCAGCAGAGAGCUCAGACGCUGAUCUUCAGCAAGCACUGUGUCAUAUGUGAGCGUGACGAGAAGCUGUGCAUGCUCUUCCGCAUCGGUGACCUCCGAGAGAGCCACAUGGUGGACGCCAAGAUCCGGGCCAAGCUGAUCAAGUCCCGGCAGACCAAGGAGGGCGAGUUCAUCCCGCUGGAGCAGUCGGAGAUCAACCUGGGCUACGACACCGGGGGAGACAGGCUGCUCCUGGUGGAGCCCCAGACCAUCACCCACGUCAUCAAGGAAUGCAGCCCCUUCUGGGAGGUCGGGGCCGAGCGUCUGAAGAGGGAAACCUUUGAGAUCAUUGUCAUCCUGGAGGGCAUCGUGGAGGCAUCAGGUAUGACGUGCCAGGCGAGGACUUCCUACACAGAGGAUGAGGUCCUGUGGGGCCACAGAUUUGAGUCCUGCAUUUCCUUGGAGAAAGGAGCGUUCCGUGUGGACUGCAGUGCAUUUGACAAAAUCUUUGAGGUUCAAAUGUCCAACCUCAGUGCGAAGGACAGGAGCUCAGCAAAGGAACAAGAUGAUUUGUUUUAGAAAAUCUUGCUAAACAAACUUCUUUUUGUAUAUUAAUACUGCAAUAAACUUUAACACUCAUAGUUCAUAAGUAUUCAUCUCAGGGUGGCUGUAGCCUCUGGUUUGUGUUUUAAGGUUUGCUUUAUGUUUUUGUUAUAUUAAGCCAUUUAAUCCAUGUUUGGAUAUGAAAGAGUUUUAUGUUAUGUUUAAAUCAUUUUUCAAAGCUUUGAAUAAAAAUUCUGCUACACCCAAUGUGGUCUUGUCUGUGACAUUGAAAAAUAAUGUUUUCCAACUCUUUGAAGUCCAAACUGGAUUUUUUUUCUAUGCCUACACAUUUAUCUUUUUCGUUUCAGCCAUCAUUAAUCAUCGCCUCAGCUUAAUUGUGUAACCUAUUGCAACUCACUGCACUGAACGAUUUCACUGGAUAUAAAGAUGAUGAAACUUGAGCAGCGACAGCACUGAAAUGCUGCAUGUUUGGACAGUGGAUGAAGUAUAAUUAAUCUGCAGUUGUACAUGAAAAAUGUUGUUUGCAUAUAUCUACAUAAUGGGCACUCUUAUUUUUUAGGUUAAUUUUGCUGAGAAGACUUAUUAUUGUUAUUGUUAUUUUUCUUGGAUGGGUUUUUAAAUGCAAUACUUUGACCACACAGAAUCAGAGGCCAUAUUUAGUAACAGCACCAAUUCUUUCUUCAACAAAGCAGAGCCAUAGCAAUAAUACCAAUACAGGCCUACGCCAA